UCAUUGCAGGUUAUGUUGGAAGAAAAGGAUGAGACAGAUUCGGAUACUUCUCGCUACCGCAGUUCACGAAAUAUUAGUGUAUGGUCUGGCAUAAUACUCACAGUUCUUCUUGCAUUCCUUUCAUACAUUCUUUACCUUCAAGUUCGCCUGAGCUUCUUCUUAGCACCCCUCUCAUUAGACUAUGAUAGAUACACUAAGUUUGGAAUAAUAUCUGACUUACAUCUUGAUCUAAAGCAGAAUAGCACCGCUUGUGAGUGGUGGAAUGGAACAUAUUUUACACACUAUCAAAGUGAGUAUGGUUCUACUGGAUGUGACACAAAAUAUGACUUCGCUACAGUCACUGUUGACAGUUUCUCAGAUCUAAUUGAUGAUGUUGGUAAUGUUGAUCUUGUAUUUUGUUUGGGUGAUUUUGUGAAUCAUUACACUAGGAACUAUGUCGACAAUAGGGACGUUAUCGCGAAUUCGUCUGAUUUGUUUCAUUCAAAAUUUGAUAUCCCAAUCUAUUCAACCCUUGGUAACAAUGAUAUGCCUGAAGAUUAUAUGCAGCCAAGUAACUCUAGUCAAUUUUUUGAGAGCAUAUGGAUGACGAUAAUUCCGAUGAUGAAUGCUUCAACUGAUGUACUUGCCAAACACAGAGCAAAGGAAACUUUUUUGACUGGAGGCUAUUUUACUUUAGAGCAUUCAGCAAAGCUUCAAAUUGUUUCACUCAAUUCCAUAACCUUCUCUGUAAGGUCUAAUGUCAACAUUUCAUCGGGAAUGCAGCAACUGCAGUGGCUAUCUGAAGUUUUAUCCAAUGCUGCAAUUCACAAAAGGGCUGUGGUUAUUAUUGGUCAUAUUUGUCCCAGUUUAUCACUAUUCCAGGUUUCCAAAUAUAAACCCAAUAGGACAAUGAUGUGGAAGGAAGACUAUAUCUCAAGAUACAAUGACAUUGUCAGCGCCUACAGUGGUGUCAUCAAGUUCACACUUUUUUCUCAUCACCAUUCUUACCUUUGGUUUGUUCAGCAAAUGCAGGACCAUGAAUCGAAGUCCAGCUUCGUGAGCUAUUAUGUGCUUCCUUCAAUAUCCCCUGUAUAUGAGAACGAACCAGCCUUUUCCAUCGGAGUUGUUGAUAAUCAGUGGAAUUUGCUGGAUAUUUUGAACUACUUUUGUCCACUAUCUUUCUAUGCAAGGCAAGACAAGGAGCCGAAAUAUCUCUUUCAAUUUUCCUUUAAAGAGAGUUACUUUUACUAUCACGACAAAAAUCACGCUAUUGUUGAGGACAUCCCGAUUACAAAUGAGUUCCUCUUUACUCUAACAUCCAGACUCUUAGAUGUUCAGGACAUGCAAAACACAUACAAAAAGAUUCUAUACAAUUCAUACCAGUUCCUCUACAACUUUGCUAAUGUUUCUCCAUAUCAAAUGUUUUGUACCAUGACCCAAAAUACAGUUGAGGGUGUCAAAAAAUGCUUUUCUGAUUACAAUUUCACAUUUUGAUUCGAGCCUUUCGAUCAUAUUAUUAUCUAAUAUAUGAUACUUGAUCAGUAUAGAGCUGUAAGGUCUAAUGUCAACAUUUCAUCGGGGAUGCAGCAACUGCAGUGGCUAUCUGAAGUUUUAUCCAAUGCUGCAAUUCACAAAAGGGCAGUGGUUAUUAUUGGUCAUAUUUGUCCCAGUUUAUCACUAUUCCAGGUUUCCAAAUAUAAACCCAAUAGGACAAUGAUGUGGAAGGAAGACUAUACAAUUUCACAUUUUGAUUCGAGCCUUUCGAUCAUAUUAUUAUCUAAUAUAUGAUACUUGAUCAGUAUAGAGCUCUACCUUAUCGGCCUUAAUUUAAACGACUAUUAUUUAAACUAUCUGCCCUUUUUUGGUCACAAUUGGGGCUGCCUACAGUUUGGUCCGCUCAAAUUAGUGCCAAUAUGGUAUCUUGGCUAAAGUUGAAAUCUCAAAAUUUGAAACUAUGUACUUUAAUUAAUUUAUUGAUUGGCGAUAAUGCUUUACUCAUAAUAAUUGAAUUUUAUUGAUUUACCUGCUAAAUUUACCUAUAAAUAUUUGUUAAUAUUAUAUUAUCACAUUUGUUAAUACUAAAAUGAACCUAUCACACCGAGGUUGGAAUUGCUAAUUGGUUAAGGUUGAAAAGAGAAGUGUUCCCCUGAGGGGGAAAUACAUUUUAAAACUUUGUUUCGUUUUACAAGCUGAACUUCGUUGUAUAUUAUUUUUUAAAUGAAUUAAAUUAUGUAUGUGGAGUUGACAAUAAAAACUUAGUGGGAAAUUGUUGAGCAGUUAUCUGAUUCAACAAUAAACACACAUAUCACGUCUCAAGUUAAGUAGCCCAUUAAAAAUAUUGUAAACUUCCUAAUUUGGCUAACCUCUCAUUUUCUGCA